AAGUUUAUUGUUUUGUUUAGUUUUUGUUAGUGUCUUUUUGUUUCGUUGUACAUAAUUUUCUUAUUCAAAUUAGUUAUCAGUAGUUUUUAACAAAAUUGCUUGUAAAAAUACUGGUAGGCAAGGAAACGUACUUAUUCUCUUUUAGCUAAAAACGUAUAUUAUAUUUUUCAUCGCCAAAUUUUAACCACUGUGUUCACCAUUCACCAUGCCCAUGAAUUUAAUAAUCAAACAAAAACAGCAUGGAUCAUUCUUGAAAUUAAGAUGCAUGAUAUCCAUCCUUGAAGAAGAAAAUGAAGUGCAGAGCGAAGAAUUUACUGUUAAUGAAUUAGCUACGGUGCGUUUCAAAUUUUACACCAAGGAUAGUCAAAGUGCACUUUUGACUUUCAUUACUGCACAACAGCACGUAAAAGCUAAAGAUGAUAAAAUUGAUAAAGUUAAACUGAAGGUGUCUUGUCUUGAAUUUGAUAAGCCAUUGUAUUCUGAGUGGUUCUGCAGAGAGAGAAAGGAAACCAGAAAACUUGGUGAAAAAUUAAAUUGUGAUAUUAGUUUAAACAAUGUGCGCACAUGUCUUUUGAAUAUCACUAUUUCUGCACACAAGGUUCAAGACUGUUUGCUUGUGAAGCUUUAUAAUGAUGUGGAGUUCACCGACUUUAAUUUGGGAUCUGAAAAUGGUAGCGUUGCUGUACAUAGAGCGCACCUGGCAGCCCAUAGGGCCUUUAGAAGCAGCGUUAGGCCCGAGCAAGGGCCCAACGCUUUCUGUUCUAUUUGA